AUGAAGUGGUCGUUAUCUCGUCGAAAGGAGAAUCACAGCCGUACAAAUGGAGAGAGAGAACGUAUUAAAGUCAUUGCAUGUGGAAAAGAAUAUAUGGUGCCUGUUGAGGCUAAUACACAUGUGGAGACACUGCGGCAAUAUGUAACCGCCAUCGCCCUUCCACACUCCAGUGAUGCCAACAUGCAAUCCACACUUUUUCUGAAUAACAAGGCACUUCAUGAAAAGACAAGAGUGAGUGAACUCCCACCUAAUGCCGUUGUGCAUCUACACUUUAAUGCGGCUGCUACUAAUAUGGCUGCUGCUGCUGCUGCUGCUGCUAACUCUAAUCGCACAUCGCCCUCCAUUUCCGUAGAAGGAGCUGCUGGACGUGUUUGUAAUGGUUGUGGUGGUAAUUAUAUGGUAAAUUCACCAUCCCCACAAGCACCAAUCACAACAGUGGCCGCAGCAACAACAAGAGCCAUUCUUGUGCCUGUAAUGCCGCUGGCUCUUUGGCCAAUGACAAGUAUUUAUCCCAUGGUACAGCAGUUACCAUUACUGCAGGAUAACAAUAUGACAAUUCUACGUCAACCGGAAUAUUAUGAAGAUGGAACGUUUGCUGCACGUUCAUACCAUCCUUCUUAUCCAUGUUCUUGUCAUUGUCAUGAUCAGUACUGCUGUAAUCAUCAGCAUCGUGUUUCUCACGAACAACCAUCACGAGUGGAAGUGUUGUCGUCAUCCGUGAUGAAUGAGAGAAAUAACACUGAAAUGAGAACAAGAUCAUCAUCAUCACCAUCCGUAUCUGAGGGGGCAAUGAUGACAGUUAUAGUGAGCACUGAAGGUACUACUACGGCUAAUAACAUUAAUAAGAACAAUACCCGUGAACUGCGUGUGAAUCGCACCUAUCCUGUGGGAACAUUACGGGAAUUGUUUGACAUUUCACCUUCACACCGUUUGUUUAUGGGCGACACCCUCGUGGAAGAUGAAUCCCAUUCAUUUGAAGGAUUAUCUGUUGGACCAUUUCAACGCUUUACCUUCCGUGAGGCCCCACCAUUGUUGGGAAUGAAUUCCACAGACAAUGCGAAUGUCAAUAAAGUGAAAAAGAGGCAUAGAGUUACUGCAGCCACACCGAAAUUGGAAGAAGGCAUGGUGCCCUCCGCAAUUCCAUCAUUGGCGGUUUCUGAUGUCGAGUCUGUGGAGUCCAAUGCGCACAGCAGUCCGCGCUCGGCGAGGAACUCACGCCGGCGAAUGCGAGAAGAAGGACGGAGUCGUAAUCGUCGUGCUCGUACGCCUGUGAAUAACAGGAGUCAACAAGAUGUGGAUAAUACUCGAUGGACGGAUAGAGAGACGGAAAGCAGAGAGUCAAUAUCAGCGGAAAGUACAGAGAAGAUGCGGUAUAAUAAUAAUAAUAAUAAUAAUAAUAAUAAUAAUAAUAAUAAUGACAAUAAUAAUAAUAAUAAUAAUAAUGACAACCAUCAUUUAAUGAGAAAAAGGAGGGAUUCUACAGGAGAGGAAAUACAAUCCCACUCUGUGAGAAGAGAGUCCUCUGCAUCUGUUCCAACUCCCACAUCUCUUCAAGAGGAAUCCACCGCCGAUAAGGAAAUGAUGAUGAGGAUCCCGCCGGUGGAUGUAAAGGGACGCGGUUCUUCUCAAUCUUCUCAAUCACUAUCACCAUCGCAUCAAUCUCAAUCUUCUCAAUCGCAUCAAACCCCAUCGCGGCAUUCCCUGCGCGGUUAUAACUUUGACAAUGAUGAUGCCUGCGCGAUGGGCGGGGAGCCGGUGAGUUCCGACGGGACACGUGUGUUUGUGGAGAUGGAUCAUGUCUACAGCCAGCCACUCCCAACACCGCCAACCGUGCAGCAACAACAAGAAGAACAAGAAGAGCAGGAACGAAGAAGACAACAACAGGAAGAAGAGGAACGAGAAGAACGCAAACAACAACAGGAGGAAGAACGAAGAAGACAGCAAGAACAACAAGAAGGAGAAGAAAGAAGCAGUCAUCAGGAAGAACAUCAAGAAGAACAGCAGCAAGAAGAGGAAGUAACACAGCAACAAGAAGAAGGGCAAGAAGGAAACAGUCAUCAGGAAGGUCAAGAAGAACAACAACAAGAGGAAGAACAACAGCAGCAAGAGGAAAAGAGCAGUCAAGAAGAACUAAGAAGUCAUCAAGGACAAGAAGAACAACAACAAGAGGAAGAAGAGCUGACAAGACAGCAAGAACAAGAAGAACUAAAUCGAGUACGAGAACGAAGAAGAAUGCAUGAGGAACGAGAACAAAGAAGAAUGUAUGAGGAACGAGAACGAAGAAGACAUCAACAAGAGCAAGAACAAGAACCAAAAGAAGAAAAACAAGAACCAAAAGAAGAUGACCAAAAACAAGAACCAAAAGAAGAUGAAGAAGAAAAACAAAGACAAGAACGACGACGCGAACGGAAAAGACGUCAUCAAGAACGAAAACAGUUGGGGGACAAAAAGUCUCUUCUGCCGAAAUCCACCACAGGGGAUCCUCCCACACUAACAAAUGUUCAAUACUACCCACCAUCUAAACACAGCAACAAUAAGAAUAAGAAGAAGAAUAAGGAGAAGGAGGACAAGAAGAAUAGCAGCAAAAAAGAAAGUGAAGAGAGAGGAACAGAGCGAGAGAGAAGUGGUAGUGUGGAUGGGCAAAGUAAAAAGAGUGUUGAGGGUAAUGCUCUAAAACGUGCAAAGGCAUCCUUUCUUAAACUCAUCUCCGCUGUUAAAGGAGUCUCCAAGACCUCACAAGAAGAAGGAAAGAAACAACAAAAACAGAAGCGACCAUCAUCAUCAUCAUCAUUACGAUCAUCACAAUUAUCACGAUCACGAUCACCAUCAUCAGAACCACAACCAUCAACACCAUCACCAUCACAACAGCAACAACAACAAAAACAAGAGGAACAAAGAGAAGAAAAACAAGAACAACGAAAAGAAGAAGAAGAAGAAGAAAAAUUAUUACGACCACCACCACCAUUACCACCGUCAGUUACUGUUCAAAGGCGACAGAAGGCAGACGCCAAAAGUCCUUCGACGACGUCAGAGGGUAUUGACAAUUCCCCAGUGACCCGGACAGGUGCGCAGGUUUCUCCCACAUCAAUUCUUUCAACAGACUCUAUACUGAAGCGAAGCAAUGACAGUAACGGUAGUAUGCGGAAAAACAGCAGUUUUCGUCAACGCUCCUCAAGCAGCAAAGAUGCGGAAGUAACCACAUCAAGAUCUCAAAGCAGCUCUACAGGAAGGAACAAUGCUGAUAACGAUAUCCACAGUAACAAGAACAAUAAUAAUAACAACGACAACAAAAACAAAAACGAUAGCAGUGAACACAUUCGUAUCACUGUGAUUGAUCCAAACAAUCCAGAACGUCAUCAUUACAACUUACCUGUUAAGCCAAAUUGUCCAGUUGGUAUUCUGCGUUUUUGGUUAUUGAAGAAAGGCGAUGAGAAGUGGCAGUGGGCAAUUUGUUGUGGCAAUAAGGUACUUCAGGGAACUGACACCAUUACCUUUCGACAAGUUACUGCUGGACGCAAUGAUUGUGUAUUUUCCCUCCAACCCAGGCAUCGCACACAAACAUCGCCUCUAGACAUCCCUGUUGCCGUGAAAGAUGAUACACCUCAAGAAGGUUGA